AUGCCUCCGUUGUGCGAUUUUGCAUCCAAGACAAACGGUGAAGUGUCCAAUAAACCAGAUCAGUUUUACGCUGCAUUUGCUGCACAAAUGUGCUAUUGCACCCAAUUCCUCACACGGCUAGCAUUUCCUGUGGCAUGGACUUUCUGGAAGCACAAGCGCGGACUUCACCACACCAUCACGACGUCGAAGGCCUGUUUCCAACGUACUUGGAAGAUAUUUAGUGACAGUGAGAGCAACAUCUCAAAAGACAGUCGUGCUCGUUGA